AAUUCCCAUCCUGUAUUUUGGUCGAAGAACCCCGUGAAAACCCUAGACCCAGGUCAUCCAUGGAUCCUCAGCCGCCCGCAGAGCCUGUGUACUACAUCUGUGGAGAUUGCGGCAUGGAAAUCCCUCUGAAGCCGAAUGAUGUGAUUCAGUGCCGCGAGUGUGGCUACCGCAUCUUGUACAAGAAACGCACUCGUCGCAUUGUUCAGUACGAGGCACGCUGAAGAAACCCUGCAGAGGAUGGGCAUUGCAAAACCGAAUAAGGGGAUGUGUCUUGGACUCGUGGUUUAGCAAUGUAGUCCUUUUCUGCUUUUGGUCUAUUUGUGCCAGUGGAACUAAUGUAGUGAUGAACUGGUUUCUCAAUGUCACGAGUGCUCGCAAGUAAUUUGUAAUCAUUUAGGUACUGACUGAUUAUGUAAUUGAUAAUAGUCUAUGAAAACUAUGCAUUUGCCAUCCUGAGGAUGA